UCCAAAAAUAUCGUAUUGGAGAUCAAAAUUAACAGACUACAGCUAUAAAACUCACAUGCAAACGAAAAAACUUUAAUGACAUUAUUAUUAAAAACUAUACCCCUCGUGGGCACCACUCAAAUAUAAAUUAUUUAAUUUCAAUCAAAUAAUCUUCUCACCAAAAUCUAAUCACUACAAGACUAGAAGUGUCCACAAAAGCAUCUCUCUUUCUGACACAAUGACAUCUGUUUUGUCCUGCGCGUGUACUUCAAACUCCAAACCACCGCGGGUCAUACAAUUCCCAAAGAUGUCUCCAAUUUUAAUUUCGUCCACCAAACUUCACUCACACACCACUCCCUUCUCUCUAUCCACUCACUUCCUUCCUCUGUGUUUCUUCUCUUUACCAAUCUCAUGACCUAACUCAAAAAUAAUGGCGAACGUAAUUUCAAUUUCCCAUUUUACCCUUCUCGCAUUACCUUAUUUACUUGUCCUCUUAUCCUCCACCGCCGCCGCCAUCAACGUCACCGCCGUCCUCUCCUCAUUCCCUAACCUCUCAUCUUUCUCCAACCUCCUCGUCUCCUCCGGCAUCGCCGCUGAGCUUUCCGGUAGAAACUCAUUAACCCUCCUCGCCGUUCCCAAUUCUCAAUUCUCCUCCGCCACCUUGGACCUCACGCGCCGCCUACCUCCUUCCGCCCUCGCAGAUCUCCUCCGCUUCCAUGUCCUUCUCCAGUUCCUCUCAGAUUCCGAUCUCCGACGUCUCCCACCGUCAGGCUCCGCAGUUACUACUCUCUACGAAGCUUCCGGUCGUACAUUCUUUGGAUCUGGAUCCGUUAACGUCACCCGUGACCCAGCUUCAGGAUCCGUCACGAUCGGAUCUCCAGCCACCAAAAACGUCACUGUGUUAAAGCUUCUCGAGACCAAACCUCCCAACAUAACCGUCCUCACCGUCGACUCCCUCAUCGUCCCCACCGGAAUCGAUAUCACUGCCUCGGAGACUCUCACUCCACCGCCGACAUCAACAUCUCUCUCCCCUCCUCCGGCGGGAAUCAACCUCACUCAGAUUCUAAUCAACGGCCACAACUUCAACGUCGCUCUCUCUCUCCUCGUCGCCUCCGGAGUCAUAACAGAAUUCGAAAACGACGAACGUGGCGCCGGAAUCACCGUCUUCGUCCCCACCGACUCCGCCUUCUCCGAUCUCCCGUCCAAUGUCAACCUCCAGUCUUUACCGGCGGCGCAAAAAGCCUUCGUGUUGAAAUUCCAUGUGCUACAUUCAUACUACACACUCGGUUCGCUAGAAUCAAUAACCAACCCGGUUCAACCGACAUUAGCCACUGAAGAAAUGGGAGCCGGUUCUUACACUCUCAACAUCUCCCGGGUUAACGGGUCAAUCGUAACGAUCAAUUCGGGUGUGGUUUUAGCUGUUGUGACUCAAACGGCUUUUGAUCAAAACCCGGUUUCUGUUUUCGGAGUAUCCAAAGUUCUUUUGCCUAAAGAACUGUUUCCAAAGUCGGGUCAACCCGUUGCAACAGCUCCUCCACAUGAGAUAUCUUUGUCGCCGGAGAGUUCUGAUGAACAGCCGUCGAGAUUAGUAUCGCCUCCGCGUGAGAUAGUUUCUUCCGGCGCGGUUAAAACAACACUUGGUUUCUUGGCCUUGUGGUGUUGGUGUAUAGCAUUUUGUUAUGUUUUGGUAUGAUUUUUUUUCUUUUUUAUCACAUAAUGUUUUGCCUUCGAUUAGGGCUUUAUUUAUUUUUACUGGAUUUUUUCCACAAGGGUUUAUAUUUAUUUUACGUCAUAAUGUUAUUUUUAUUCCAGUCGAGGUAAAAACAAAUUCACUUUCCCAUGUAAAUUUGAAUUGGUUGGGCGAUUUUGGGUAAAUCCCAUGUCUAUAAAAUCCUUCAUUUUCUCUU